UCCACUCAGAGUUUCAAACAACCCGUUUUGACAUAUAUUAUCCAUAUCGUUUAUUAGAAAUAACUUUACACUCGGUCAUUUUCUUUUUGGACAAAUGGCUUGAUGGAGACUAGCGAGCGAAGGUGUUAGAUAGGCGAUUUUCCCUUCUGCCAGGGUUUUUUUAAAUUUCUAUUUGAACCAUGCUUCCUCCAAACAGUCAACAAAUCCCGAUGCCACCGACCGUCCACCAAUCGCCCACCUUGGAAGGACUUCCCAAACAAUUCGUCGACGCCCUGAGGACGUUGUUCGACAUCCUAGACGAGAAACAAGUCGGUUUUGUCAAGCUGACAGAUAUUGAACACCGGUGGCAGGACGAUGGGACUAAAGGGCUUCCGAAAGGUGUCAUAGAAAGCUUGCGCAAAGUCACACCGCCAAACGGGCUUCUGUCUUUUGAAAGGUUCUGUGCUGGGCUGAAAAUCUGCCUUCUUCGAAAUCAGGUGGAAUCAAAAAAACGGCUCGGCCACAGUGGAGGCGAGGGGAUUGAACCGAGUGUGAGACCCCCAUCUGCUCCGUUGCUCGAUAUGGACCAGAAGCCUGCUGUGAACCAUUGGGGCCCUGCAGUGGGACGCCACAGCAACCCGCCAAUAGCCCCUCAGCAAAGGACGCUCAGCAUGCCUCAGCUGCCUCCUGCCGAGCCGACACUCGGCAUACCAGUCAAACCGCCGCUUUACGGCCCGCCAAAACCCCCAAGAACUGCCGUGGGGCUUGACAGAGGCAUGGAUAAGUCCGAAAUCAGAUCAGCCCUCCAGAAUUGGCAGUUAGGGAUGAUGUUGGAAGAGGAAAAGAGAUCUCCGGGCUAUCCAGGACAAAAUCAGAGGCCUAGGAGCAUCGGAGAUGGAAAACCUGCAGUCGUUGAACCUCAAGGUCAUAAGAAACCAAAUGCAAGGAGGCGAGAACCGAGGAGGCACACUCUUCAAAAUGGUAUAGAUUAUAACAUGUUGAAACGCAUGAAACAAAUCGAACUGGAAAAAGACGUCUUAAUGCAAGGGCUCGAAGCUGUGGAUAGAGCCAGAGAUUGGUAUCUGAAGCAGAUUUCUGCGGUUCAAGACAAAAUGAAAUAUCUUGGAAGAAUGGGACAUUCUGAACAGUGGAGUGAGGCCCAAGAAGAGAGAUUGGAAUUGCAAAGGGCUCGGGUGCUAGAAGUGAACAGGCAUUUGGCGACGUUGACCGAUCCCGGUGAAAGGGGUGGCCUUCCUCUGCACAUGAACCUCGCAGUAACCCCUCAUUCGUCGCAAUUUAUAUCAAAGCUCAAACAACAAAAUCACCUCUUGACACAGGAUGUAAAUAACAAGAGUGACAGGAUAAAAGCUUUAGAGAGAGAAAAAGCAUCAUUGAUAAGGGAAUUGUUCCACAUCAGGGGUCAAGGCAGGCCAGGCGCCCCUCCACAGGAACCUAAUGCAUUCUUAUGAAAUCAAGGCAUUUUUUUUAUUUUAAAGUCUAAAUAGAAAAUAACAGUCGCUUUUAAUAACAUUUGUAAUUUGUAUUAUAACAACUAUUUAUUAAGUUAUAACUUUUUAAAAUGUACUUAAAACUUAAUUUUAUUGAGCAAACAUUUUAUUAAACAAAUAAUUCACAUUAAAAUUGAAUAUAUGCUGUUUAAAACAAAAACACCAUUGGGAGUAAUGGCUAAUAUGAAAAAUUGCUGAGUUUUAUUUUUGUAUUAUGGUGAUUUUAUUUGUUUAACAAUUUAUGUUACCAAGAACUCAAAAAUCUGUGGCCAUAUUAUAUAUAUUUUAAUAUUAUUGUAUUGUAUGAAAUGAUUGAAUAACAGUGAACACUGAAACACUUAAAAAUGCUUAUUUUUAGUUUAAAUUACAAUUAGUGCAAUUUAAAAAAAAAUUUAUAUCCUGACACUUCCGUCCAUCAUAUUGAAAUUCAGUAAUUUUAUAUAAUAUUGUAGUUAUAUUAUUUUCUAUUUAAGUGUGAAAAUACAAUUUUUCAUGCGAAUAAAUAUAUUUUAUACUUAUUUUCCUAAUCUUAUUCUUUACUUCUCAUAUCAAUUCUUACUUGUAUGUAACCUUUAGUUUGUAUCAUUUAGGGCUUAUGUGAUAGGUAGUAUAUAUUAUGUAUUUAGGUACAAAUGAAUAUAUUACACGCAACUUUUUAAAGAGGACAUUUAACAGUCUCAAAAGAAAUGAAAGCAAUAUUCAUGAAAAUGCCUUACACUGCUUUUUUUUUUUUUUUAAAGUUAAGCACUUAAAUUCUGAUUUAUUUUUAAUUUGAGGUUUUGACCAUAUUUUUGUUUUACUGCUUUAAAAACGAUUUAAUAAUUAUAAUUAGACAGAAAGUGUUUGUUUUUGUUGCUGAUUGUGAGGCAAAACCGCUUAAUGUCUAAUUUGAUUUAAAAGCCUCAUUAAAAGAAAAAAAUUACAAUUACGAUUACAAAAAUGCCCAUAUUCAGCGAGCAAAUUGCCCAUGCAUUGGACUCAUUGAGGAUGGAAAAUCAGUGUUACUAGCGUGAGUUUUAAGUUUGCCUGAAACAACGGUACACCAGGUGGUACCGGGAGAUUGCAAGGUGUAUUCAUACCAGGAUCAGAAUGCCCACUAGCCAAACAACGAUUAAUCAUCAGGAAAUCAGAUAGCACACUGAGAAAUUGCUUUUAAAAGUCUCAAAGUUCAUUCGGAGGUUUCAGUUAUUGUGUUCAGAAGAAUUUCUUUUUAGGCAAACAAGGAGUUUUUAAUAGAGGUCAUCUCUUAAUGAAUAAAUAUAAGAACAGACACGCUCUGUUAUUGGCAAUUCUUGUUAUGCAGUACCUUCGUGAUGUCAAUAUUUGCACUGUAAAUGAUUGGUAAAAUUGGUUUCAAAAUCCCAGGUUUGAACCCCAUUGAGAACUUUUAAAGUGAGCUCAACAUUGGGUAAAACAAAUAAACCUCAUACGACCUUAGCCAAGCUGAAAGUUAAGUUAUGCUAGUUAAGAUUUGAGAUGAAAAUCCUAAAGUCGUGGUUAACGUCUUAAUUAUGAGCCUGCGAAAAGAUUAAUAUGAAAUAAAAGCAAGAAAAGGCUCUUAUUAAAGAGUUUUGAGUUUGUUUUAUAAUAUUUUAUGUUCAUAAUUCAAGGUGGUUUUUUUUUCCCUUGAGACACACUAACCAAAUAAUUUAUUAUUACCUGAAUUUUAAAAAAUAUGUGUAAAUAUUACUGAAAAGGCAAAUAUGUACUUAUGUACAUAUAAAAAAAAA